AUGGGCACAAUUAUCAGCCCCCUUGCACAGAUCACGGCCAUAGUCCUGCAUGUGGAAGCGAACUGUCCACAUGUUCGAUCAGCUGAUGCUCAACAGGCACCAGGCUUGGAGCCCAGGACACAGCCGGUGGUGACCUUCCAGGUCACUCUUCCAUGUGCAAGUGACAGGCAUUAUGAGCAUGCUGGGCGGUGCUGCAACAAGUGUGAACCAGGAAAGUACAUGUCUUCUAAAUGCACUACUACCUCUGACAGCGCGUGCUUGCCCUGUGGUCCCGAUGAAUACUUGGAUACCUGGAAUGAAGAAGAUAAAUGUUUGCUGCAUAAAGUGUGCGACACAGGCAAGGCCCUGGUGGCAGUGGAUCCCGGCAACCGCACGGCACCGCGGCGCUGCGCCUGCAUGGCUGGGUAUCACUGGAGCCAGGACUGCGAGUGCUGCCGCCGGAACUCAGAGUGCGCACCAGGCUUCGGCGCCCAGCACCCCUUGCAGCUCAACGUGGACACAGUGUGUGAGCCUUGCCUUGCAGGCUACUUCUCAGAUGUCUUUUCUUCCACAGACAAAUGCAAACCCUGGACCAACUGUACUGUCCUUGAAAAGACAGAAGAACAUCAUGGGACAGAGAAAUCAGAUGUGGUUUGCAGUUCUUCUCUGCCAUCUAGAAAACUGCCAAUGGACCCCCAGAUUUACUUGCCCAGUUUAAUCAUUCUGCUUCUCUUCAUCUCUGUGGCAUUAGUGGCUGCUGUCAUCUUCGGGGUUUACUACAGGAAAAGGGGGAAAGCAGUAACAGCUAAUUUGUGGCACUGGGUCAAUGAUGCUUGCAGUCGCCUAAGCGGAAAUAAGGAGUCCUCAGGCGACAGUUGUAAUGGUGUUCACUUGGCAGCCUCUCCUCAGGACGAAAUAUGUGAAGGUGUCUUACUGCUAACUCUGGAGGAGAAGAUGAUUCCACAAGAUAUGUGCUGUCCAGAAGGCGCUGGUGCCUUUGGGGGUGCACGUGCAGGAGCUGGGCCCUGUGCACAGGGCAGAGAAGCCAGAACAUUCUCUUUGGUUGAGAUUGAGGGUGACCCCUUCAGGCAGAUUCCCAUGGAAGAUGAGUACAUGGACAGGUCCUUGCAGUCCCCAGACUGUUUACUGUUCCCAUCCCAGCCUGGAAGCAAAUCCAUACCCGCUUUCUCUGAGCCCCUGGAGGUGGGAGAGAAUGACAGUCUAAGCCAGUGCUUUACAGGAACUGAGAGCAUGGUGGAUUCAGAAAGCUGCAACUUCACGAAGCCCCCAUGUAGGACUGACUGGAUUCCUGAAAAAUAUUCACAAAAAGAGGUGCAAGAUGGCAGUUGCCCACGCUGGGCAGCCAGUGCCAGCUUGGCAGACAACUGCUCAGGCUCCGGGAACCCUGCUGGGGAGGACCGAGAACCCCUCGUGAGUUCCUUGAAAUGUGGACAUUUGCCCCAGUGUGCCUAUGACAUGGGCCUCCCCGCCGAGGAAGUAUCCAGCAGGGCAGAGGGGGGCGACACACCCCAGGAUGGAGAUGAUGUGAGGCUUCCAGGCUCCUCGAACGGAGGCACUGGAUCUGGGAGCUACCCCAGUGACCAGCCACCUGCAUCUGGAAAUGUGACCGGAAACAGUAACUCCACGUUCAUUUCCAGCGGACAAGUGAUGAACUUCAAGGGCGACAUCAUCGUGGUCUACGUCAGCCAGACGUCGCAGGAGGGCGCGGCGGGACCGGGGGGCGCGGGCACGGAGCCUGUGGGCCGCCCGGUCUGCCAGGAACUCCGCCUCAGUGUCCACCCUUCUCGCUCCAGUGAAGAGCACGUGAAAUUCAAUAUAUUGAUCUUUGAAACCCUUGCUCAUUUAGUGAACGCCCUGUUUAAAUCCAUGGCACGUUACAGCGGCAUGGUUGGCUUUAAGAAGUAA